AUGCAGGAGCACCAGCGGCCGCUGCCUCAGCUAUUCAGGAUCUGCAAUGGUAUAUCCAUAGUGCUUGACCAGGUGGCACCGGCAAUCCCACAGGGACCUCCUGCGUCGGAACGAGCGUUGAGAGAAAUACCUCCUACCAAUAUUCAAGAGGCCCAGGAUACCGCUCAAAAUCAUGUGCAGACAGUGCAGCUGCCGGCCUGGCUCACAUUUGAUCGCCAGGUGUUGCGAUUCUUUGCAUACGUGAAGGAGCCCCUGUUGGAGGUUGCUCCGGAGGCGUACAGGGUGCGCCACUGCAUCAUGCUGCACCACUUGGAGGAUGCCACGCUGGCGAUCAAUGAGCCGCGCCAGCCUGGCAGCAGCUUCCCUUGUGGGCCAGUCCUCAAGCGCCACAAGUUUAUGGAAGCACAGCGAACACCGUUGGAUGCAGACAUACCUGCGCCAGAGGACCCCCAGGAGCAGAGAGAGAGGGAACGCCGCGCUGCGGGCCUUAAGACCGCAGCUCAGCGGCCGCAGCCCGUGCUACGCUUCCAGUGCUACUGGGACGACAGGCUGGCGCUGUACGGGGACAUGCGCAUGUUGCGAUUGUACUACUACUUGUCAGAUGACACUGUUCACCUGGUGGAGGUUUUGCGGCCCAACUGCGGCCGAGACCCAUUCCCCCACAUGCUCCGCCGCAUGCGCCUGCCCAAGCACCCGGAGCCCGUGGGUGCACGGCCAUUGUCGGAAGGCUUGCGCAUCACACCACCGGAAGCAUACUACCGAUGGCAGGAGCUGCGCAUUGGCGGUCAGAUUGAGGUUUUUGGACGCAAGGUGAUGAUCUAUGACUGCGAUGCCUUCACAAGGCAGUGGAUAAAGGAGCACUUGCAGCUGCCUGAUGCUGCCUUGAAGCCCAUGCCGCCCAAGCCACCAAGAAAGGACUUCAACAAAUUUGUGGGGAAUGAUGGCAAGGUGCUGCGGUUCAGUGCUGUGCUGAACCCCAGGCCCGGCAGCAGCCCUGCAGAUGCUGCCAUUGACCUGGAGCGCAGUUUUGUGGUGUCCUUCUUCCUGGCAGACAAUGCUCUCCUCAUCUUUGAGCGCGCCCAACCGAACAGCGGCUGGGUAGGGGGCAAAUAUUUGGAGCGGCGCCAAAUUAGGAACCCGGCAGCUUCCUCUUUCUAUGGCCCGCAGGACAUGCGCGUUGGCGCCAAAGUCCAUGCUGCCGGCAGGACAUUCAGUCUGACAGCGGCAGAUGAGUACACCCGCAAGUACCUCGAGUCAACGAUAGCAAACCGGGACAGGACAUCUUCCUGAAGCAAGUGUUCGAUGAACAGCAAAUAUAUUUGUGAACUGCGCCAUGCUGAGGAAGUUGAUAAGCAAAUAUCUGAAUUUUCUGCACCCACUGUGUCAUUGGACAAUUCCUGGCCAAGUGCUGGCUCUUCGCUGUCGAUGGGAAGCUGCUGCCUUUGUAAUCGAGUGACUCAGCACUCCAAUCGGCCCAAACAUGAAGCAAAACACCAGUGAGUGGGCUGUGAGCACUCCCUCUCUGAGCCCGUCCAGCCACACUUCC